AUGUCUACCGGAAAAUCUCACGUCAGAGGUGUCCUGCUUGUUGGCAGUGUGCCCGGUAAGGACACGGAAGACGUUUUGCGCAGACUGGCUCCAGCACUCGGCAGCCGUCUCAAGUACAUCCCCGACGGAGAGACUGGCCAGCGCAACUUUUUCGUCGGCUGGCAAAUGUACAAAUUCGGCGCCUACCCCGAAGUCGUCAGUCAAUUUGGCCAAAACGGCAAAUUCGAAGAUAUCCCUGUGCCCGAAGAAAAGAUCAGAGAAGCAGCCGAAAAGCUAGAGGGUAUGUCGACCGAUUAUGACACCGAGGCGCUCGAGUCCUACCCGGUGUUCGAAAAACUGAAGGAAGAGGGUAUGAUUCCCAAGGAAGUCAAGUUUCAGGUGUGUCUGCCAUCGCCAUUGACUUUUGUAUCGCCGUUCAUCGUGGGCGAUUACAAGACCGCAAUCGAGCCUGUCUAUGAGCGCGCCAUCCUCAGAGCGGUGGAGAAUAUCACCAAGAACAUCCCGGAGCAGGAGCUGGCUAUUCAAUGGGAUGUUCCUCUCGAAUUUGCUCUCCUCGAGGGCGCCUGGGUACAACCUUGGUUUUCUCCUCUCAAGCAAGGAAUCCUAGACCGCUGGCUUAAAUUGACUGCGGCAGUCAAUCCCACCAUCGACAUGGGCUUCCACUUUUGCUACGGCGAUAUCGGACACCAGCACUUUACUCAGCCCAAAGAUAUGGAUUUGAUGGUUGAUAUGGCCAAAGAGCUUUUGAGCAAGGUCGACAGACGUGUUGAUUAUAUCCACAUGCCUGUGCCCAAGGACAGAGAUGAUGCAGCGUACUUUGCUUCUCUGAAGCAUUUACAAACUGUCAAGGGUGAUACCGAUAUCUAUCUUGGUCUUGUGCACGCCAACGAUCUGGAGGGUACAGAGCGCAGGAUCAAGGCUGCUUCUGAGGUGCUCGAUAGUUUUGGCGUUGCGACCGAGUGUGGAUGGGGAAGGACUUCUCCCGAAGAAAUUGACUCGAUUGUACAGAUCUCGAAUGCUGUCUCGAAUUAA